ACAAUUAGAGAACUGAAAUAGAGGUUAUGUUAUGUAAAAUAAAAUGAAAGAAUAGGAGUUUAACCGAAAUGCUUGAAAUUAAAUAUACGCGUUAAAUACAUAAAAAAUAAGUUUCAAAAUGUUUAGACACUUCAUUAAAGCUUUGUUACCUUUUAGGAACCAAUUGAGCCGCACUGUCGGUGGUAAUGGAAGCGCAUUUCAACAAAAUUGUCUGUCGAAAGAAGAGAAAUUAACGGAAGCUCUCAAGAAAUCAUUGCCCGGUAUCACAUACAUCAGCGUAGAGGACAUCUCUGGUGGCUGUGGUGCUAUGUAUGAAAUAAGUAUUGAAGCUAAAGAAUUUGUAGGGUUAUCAACUGUUAAACAACACAGACUGGUUACUGAAUCCCUUAAGAGUGACAUAGCAGAGAUGCACGGCAUCAGGAUUCACACCACUCCUGCCAAGGGAGACAACUAGACCAUGAAGGAAUUGACAUUUAGAACAAUUUCAUACAAUAAAGUACAACAAAUAAAGAUCCCUGUUUCUGGGAUCUACAACAUUUUUUGUUUUAUAAUGUUUUAAGUAGUUAUUAAAAAUAUUUUUUCUGUGAUUCUUAUUAAAAGUCCAUGAAGCAUUAGGUUUGUGUUUCUUCCUUUGAAUAUUCCAAAGUGAGUUUUUGAGUUUGCAUGAAAUAUUAUUACUUGAAUAAAUGUAUCAAGUAGUAUAAAA